AUGUCGGCCAAAAGAAAAGCCACAGAUUCCGCUUCAUCCGCCGCAGGGAAGAAACCAAAGGCGGCGACUAUCACCGGAUUCUUUUCCGCUGCUCCCAGCUCAUCUAAAACGCCAUUUGAUAAGGCGGCAUGGGCUGCUAAACUCCCGCCCCAACAGAGAGAGCUCUUGAAGCUUGAAAUCGAUACUUUGGAUGCUUCUUGGUUGGCGGUGCUCAAGGAUGCCCUUCUUGAUCCAUCGUUUUUGAAACUCAAGGCGUACUUGAAGGAAGAGUUUAAAGCGAAUAGAGCAUACCCACCUGCUAAUGAUGUUUACUCUUGGUCUCGUCACACUCCAUUCGACAAAGUCAAAGUUGUAAUUCUCGGUCAAGACCCCUACCAUGGCCCUAAGCAAGCACACGGCCUCUCCUUCUCCGUCAGACCGCCGACAGUUGCCCCACCGUCGCUUAGGAAUAUCUUUGGUUGCUUGGAAAAUGACUACCCGUCUUUCCGCCCCCCAGAGAACAGACUUGGUCUUUUGACACCAUGGGCCGAACGUGGUGUAUUGAUGUUGAAUACUUGCUUGACUGUGCAACCUGGCAAGCCCAACAGCCAUGCGAACAAGGGAUGGGAACAGUUUACACAGAAGGUUAUCGAGAUUGUGGCGCAGAAGAGGAUGAAGGGGGUUGUGUUUAUGGCUUGGGGGAAGCCAGCUCAGGGAAGGAUUGCGAAGAUCAACAAAGAUACACACUUGAUCCUAUCAUCAUGCCAUCCAAGCCCGUUGGCACAACCCACUGCAGCGGUCAAAUUCAAAGAUGUCAAGCACUUCAUACAGGCCAACCAAUGGUUAGAGAAGAAGUAUGGUGAGGACGGCCCAAUUGACUGGAACUCUAUCAACCCCAAGAAUACGCCACUCUUUAAGUCCAAGGCUCAGGCCUCCACUUCCACCAAACCAGCGGCUCCAGCGGAUGAUAUACCAGAUGAGAUCGCUGAGAAGUUUGAAGACAAGAUCAAUAAUGAAAAAGAGGUGCCCUCCCUUGACGAUGACGAGGAAGCUCUGAGGGAAGCCGAGGCACUGGAGGAAUCUAGCGCGAAGAAGGGUGCAAAAAAGGAAGCUCCAAAGGCCAAAGGGAAAGAGAAGGCAAAGAAAGAAGAGCCAAUUGAGAACGAAUAUGGAGAGGACGAUAUUGACUGGGACGAAGCUGCAUUGAAGUCCGAUCAAGUCGAAGAAGAAGCAAUACAGGCCAAGAAGACCAGGGGCAGAGGCAAGAAAUAG